AACGAACUGUACGAGCGCUUUGCGAUGCAUGUCGCCAUGGCACGUUUUUGGUCACUUAUUCUACUGUGGCCCGUCGCCGGAUUUGAUCUUGGCGGCCUGCUGUCGACUCAACAUGCCGUUGAUGAGCUUACGGAUCGGACCUUUUCGCAGCAUAUGAAGGACCAUCCUGUCACGGCGAUUUUGUUCUACGCGCCCUGGUGCUUUUUCUCUCAGCAGGUCAUGCCCGCGUGGGACCAGGCAGCGCAGAAGCUGGAGAUCCACGAUCCGCCCAUCCGCCUGGCGAAGGUGGACACCAGCAGAUAUGCGUCCGUGGGGGAGGAGAACGAGAUCCACGAGUACCCCACGAUGAAGCUCUUUGUGGAUGGCACUGUCUUCAGCUACGACGGGCAAGGCCGUGGGUGGCAACAGAUCGUGAAAUGGGUGAAUCGGCACUUGGAGCGCGACCAUGUGCUCAAAUCAGUGGAGGAUGCGGAGACCUACUUGCACGACAACGAGCUUGCAGUGGUCGGGCUUUUUCCCGACGGAUUCGACAGCAGCAGCUUCGUGAAGGCGGCCACGCACUACGAUGACAUUGUCUUUGCAGAGGCCAGGGGCCAGGCCAUUGCCACCGAGAUCGCCGACCACCUCGGCAGGCACGCGCGCCUGCUCUGCGAGACAAUUACAGUGGGUCAGAGCAGCUCAAGUAGCAAGGAGGUCACUCUUCCCCGUGACGACCUGCACUGCGACGGCUCUCCCAGGAAUCCACAACGCCCAGAGUGGACCGACAAGUUCGAGGUCGCCGUGCAAGGCAAGACCCUGACGGUGAAACGAACUGACCAGUCUGCCGGCUGGGGUCAACUGAUUCAGAUCAAGUGCUGUGACGACGAGAAGAAGGUGGAGAAGGAGCAUCCAAAGUUUCCGGUGCCAUCUGUGGUGAUGUUCUUCCCUUAUGACGAGCGUUACGCAAUUUUCGAGGGCGAUCUCACAAACUACCAUGCGCUGGACAAGUUCAUCAAUGGCAGACGCACGCCCACUGUGAUGCGUAUGGACCAAGACGCAGCAGAGAAGAUUUUUAGUGCCAACCCGGACAACGUGCCGGCACUGAUCUUCAUCACUGACAGUGCUGACAGUGCAGAAGAGAAAGUGUUCAGAGAGGCAGCCAUGAAGCUUCGGGGCCGCGUGCACGCCUGCAUUUCCGGCACAUCCUCGUUGAUGGAGCGGCGCGUGGUGGAGAUGGUCGGCGACGGGCAGCCUCCGCUGCUGGCGCUCGUGGAGGUCCCAAGCUAUGAGAGCACCAGGGGUCAGUACCACGUCCCCAGGAAGUAUCGACUGCCACUUGGAGGAGCCACGUCAGAGAAAAUCGUGGGCUUCGUGUCCGACUUUGAGGGUGGCAGACUGAAGCCUUGGCUGAAGAGCGAGGCGGAGCCUUCGGCCGAGGACAUGAAAGUGGCUGUGGUGCCACUUGUGGGCACCACCUUCACGGCCGGGGUUGAAGAUGAGAGCAAGGAUGUUUUGGUAGACUUCUUUGCUCCUUGGUGCGGCCAUUGCCGAAAGUUUGAGCCGCUCUACAAGGAGCUUGCCAAGAACUUGAGACACGUGAAGUCCCUCAAGAUCGCCAAGAUAGACGCCACCCGGAACGAGGUUGAGGGCGUGCAAAUCACUGGCUUCCCUACAAUCAUUCUCUUCCCUGCCGGCAAGUUGCCAAAGCGGCACGUUAUGUACCAUGGCAGCCGUCAGCCAGAAGACAUGAUUGCCUGGCUGCAAAGAGAGUGCAGCAUCAAGUUCGACGCGAAGCCGCCGCCGGUGAAGGAGGGCGCUGAAGCUGCGGAAAGCGGCCUACUGGACCCCGAUGAAGAGGAUUUGUGAGCCGGUGCAUCGCAGAACAAGAUCGUAUGUUCUCCGGCAAAGAUCUGGACUCAGGAGGUUCAUGUCACGUG